CCUUUCGAUCCUAUUGGGUGAUUUUUGUCCCAAGAAUUUCUUAAAUUACACUGAACUGGGAUUUAACUGCAGUAAAGCCCAUUGAGUGGGAUAUUUCAGUGUUUUAGGGUUUCCUUGAUGCCAGACGUAUGAAGAGAAAUAUAAUGAACGCACCCAGCGCCCACGUGUCGGUUGUCAACGUCAACAAGGUAAAGCUUCUUGUAAAGAUGAGUAAAAGAAGGCUAACGGAAGAGGAAAUACAAUUUUCACUGGAUGAGGAUGACGACGAUUAUGAACCAUCAGAUACUGACAGUGAUGGAACAAACGAUUCUUCUUCAGAUGAAUCACAGGAUGAUACAGUCACAGAAGAGGAAGACCUAGAAGCACCCACUAGCCCAGAAAAUAAUUCGUACAGACGUAUGGAAUAUGUGUGGACUAAAGACACUACAAAUUUUAUGCCUAAGCAUGACAUACCAGAUAAGCAUGACUGCAUUGUAACUAUGUCUGUAACAAGAGCUUCAUCAGAGUUGGACAUCUUCCUAAGAUUAUUUCCAAAGAGUCUUUUACUACAAAUAGCACAUUACACUAACGAGAGACUUGAUAUUUUGGCUGAAAAGAAGAAAAAAAAUAUUCAACACACAUGUCUCUCAGAGUUGAUGGUAAUCUUCGGAUGCACACUAGUGAUGUCUUACAAUCGAGUACCUGCCAUGAGAAUGUAUUGGUCAAGAAAGUCCUCACUAAGAAAUGAGAAAAUAAGCGAGUCAAUUUCAAGGGAUAGAUUUCAACUAGUUUUUUCGAAACUGUACUUCAAUAAUCCAUGUAAACCAGCAGAAUCUUCCAAGAUAUUCUAUGUAGAAGAUGUGGUGAGGUGCUUGAAAAAAACUUUUCUUGCUGCAAGAACAGACAGCACAUUUCAGUCCAUAGAUGAAAGCAUGACAAAGUUCAAAGGACGUUCCAGCAUGAAACAGUAUUUGCCUAUGAAACCAGUGAAACGAGGAAUCAAAACCUGGGUAAGAUCAGACUCAAAUACUGGCUAUGUGUAUGACUUCAAUAUCUAUCAAGGAAAGGAAACACAAGUUAUGGAAGGAACUCUUGGUGAAAGAGUAGUCAAGAUGCUUUCAGAAACAAUAAGGGCACCAGAAGUAUGCUUAUGUUUCGACAGAUUUUUCACAUCUGUUAGACUCAUGUCUUCACUCCCAUUUGCAGCAGUUGGGACUUGUAUGCCAAAUAGGAAGAAUCUUCCAAAGCUUGACGUCAAACUUCAACGGGGAGAGUCAGAGAUGUACGUUUGUAAUGAAGGCAUUCUGGUAGUUUCCUGGCAAGACACCAAGUGUGUCACGAUUCUGAGUAAUUGUCAUAAUACAGAAAUAGGUGUGACGCAAAGAAAAAUUAAAGAUGGAACAAAAAAAGAUCUGCAGUGCCCUGAAGCUUUUAUAUUUUAUAAUGAUCAUAUGGGGGGUGUUGACUUAGGGGAUCAAAUGAUAACUCUGUAUGACCUUGACAGAAAGAGCAAGAAAUGGUGGAUCAAAGUAUUUUUCAGACUUCUAAUGACAGCGGUGUACAAUGCACAUGUUAUUCACAACGAAAUCAACCACAAGAAGCGCCCUUUCAUUGACUUCUUAGUAACAUUAGCAGAAUCUUUGAUUGAAGAGGGAAGGGAAAAUCUGCCACAGAGAAGAGUACGAAGUUAG